AUUGAUAAGAAAUCAAUACUAUUAAAGAGUUUAGACUUGAGAGGGAUGCUAAAUUGGAGUAAAGAUAAAAUUUCAAAAGAAGUUUGUAACCUAACUCUCCAAAUUCCAAUCCCUAGAAUUUGCUAGGGAAAUUCUUCUCUCUCCAUAUUAAAGAAAAUCUAAAACUAUCGAUUUCGAAUUUUUCGUAUUUCUCAGUUUCAGUUCAAUUUACUUCUCGUGGACCGAAAUUGAAGGAUUUUUCGACGAUUCCAAAUAAUUGAAGGGUUGUACAAUGUUGUCAAGAUGGAGCAGAGCUGUUGCUCAAAUAUCCAAUGUUGGAUCACAAGGCAAAAUCAAAGGGUUUGUAAAUGCUGAAAACGCUUUGUUCAGUCACAAUUACGCCAAAGUUGCGGCUGUUUCAAUGCCUUCGUCGGUUGAUUCUUUCGGAAAGGGUUUCGACAACACUAAUGUUGCCAUGGUUAAGCUGGAUAAGUUAUUUUGGUCUAAGCCAUGUUCAUUAGCUUUGGCCAAGGAUUCGCCUUUAAGGAUUGAGGAACCAAACUACGAGGGCAUCCGUCGUUUCUUCCUCAAGUUGAUGCUCUUUUACAGUAAGCAAAGCAAGUCUAUUCGAGGGGCAAAUGUGGUAUACAAACGCAUAAUCUCACAGGCUGAUAUACCUGCUAUCUAUGAUGUUUUUAACCUAGAGAGGACUUUUAAAACUACGUUUUCUCUCCUUGUGCUUCAUAUGUGGAUGUGCUUGCGACGGUUGAAAGAGGAAGGGAAAGAAGGUGUUGAAUUUGGACAGUACGUGUACGAGAUUUACAAUCAUGACUUGGAACUGAGAGUAUCUAAAGCUGGGGUUAAUUUGCUAUUGACAAAGUGGAUGAAAGAUUUGGAGAAGAUAUUCUAUGGAAACCUUGUUGCAUAUGAUGCUGCCUUGCUUCCACAAGCUGGAAAAGAUGAUCUUUUAAAUGUCAUAUGGAGGAAUGUAUUUUCCGAGGAUGGUGGACCAGAACCAAGUAAUGAAGCUAGACCUCCUGUUCAGGCUAUGGCUCGAUAUGUUCGCCGUGAAAUUAGUUGCCUCUCCUUGACUGAUAGGGAAGCAAUGUUCUCCGGGAACUUCAAGUUCACUCCACUGGUGAACUCACCUCUGAAUUCAACGAAACCAUGAUGGCGAAGUCUUUAAGGCGUCCUAACAUGCAAAUUGAAGUUAUGAUGCAAGAACAGCUUUAAUUAUUUAGUUACUCCAACUUUUAGAUAUCAUACUGGUCAUAUUCUUGAUAGAUCAUUGUUUUUUGUUUAGUUGUAAAGCUUUUUUACAGCAUAUAUGUAGUGAGAUUUGGCGCUAGCAGUUAUUUAUUUUGCCUAAUCAUGGUGUAGACUUUCUUUAAUUAUAUGGUUCCCUAUAUUUAGUCCAUGUACAUGAUCUUUUAAUAAGAGUAUACGAAAGAUCUUCCUUCUGCAACAAAGAUACCCAAUUGAUUUA